CUCCUUCAAAUAUUUACUCAGAUACCAGGUACAAAAUGAUGUCUUUGAUGCUGAUGACUCUUGCCGUUAUGGUUAUGACAGUGCAUGGUAAAACUUUUACAAAGUGUGAAUUAGCCAGAGAACUGGCACGGAAUGGUGUCCCACGGGCCGAUAUUGACGACUAUGUUUGUAUGGCACAGUAUGAGUCGAGCUUUAGAACAGGUGUCAUAAGCGGAGUAAACCCAGACAAGCACAAGUCUCGAGAUCAUGGACUUUUUCAAAUCAAUGACUACUGGAAUUGUGAUCCGAAAGAUGGCCGAAAAACAAAAAAUGGCUGCAAGCAUCCUUGCUCAGGUUACUUUAAUGAUAACAUUUCCGAUGACAUCGCAUGUGUUCGUCAGCUAAAACGAGAACAUAGGGGAUUUGGAUUUUCAUACGCAUGGAGAGACAACUGUCGUAACCUAUCCUCAAGCUAUCUUCGUGGAUGUAAUUAUUAACUCAUUCGAUGAUUGACCAAAUUCAAAACAGCAAACCAAACUGUUUGCUCAUAAAAAUAAAGUAAAUUAAAAAAAACUGCAUUCAAUAUCGUUUUUAGAAUAAAUGACUUUUUUAUACAAUUAGAAAUUAAUAAGCACCU